AUGCCUAAGGUUUCCACCAAGGACGACAAGAAGGUCGCCAAGCGCGGCAAGAAGGACCCUAACAAGCCCAAGCGCGCCCUCUCCGCCUACAUGUUCUUCGUCCAGGACUGGCGUGAGCGCAUCAAGUCGGAGAACCCCGACGCCGACUUUGGCUCGGUCGGUCGUCUCCUCGGUGCCAAGUGGCAGGAGAUGAGCGCCUCGGAGAAGAAGCCCUACGAGGACAAGGCCCAGGCCGACAAGGACCGCGCCGCCAAGGAGAAGGCCGAGUACGACGCCGCCAACGGCAAGAAGAAGCGUAGCGCCAAGGUCCAGGAGGACUCGGACUAA